CGCUGUUUCCUGUGCUCUAGCUCCCGUUGCGGCGGCGCCCGUGGCAGCCCUGGCGGACGCAGGAACGAUGGCAGCGACCGAUAUAGCUCGCCAGGUGGGUGAAGGUUGCCGAACAGUCCCCCUGGCUGGACAUGUGGGGUUUGACAGCUUGCCCGACCAGCUGGUGAAUAAGUCAGUCAGCCAGGGCUUCUGCUUCAACAUCCUGUGCGUGGGAGAGACAGGUUUGGGCAAGUCCACCCUCAUGGACACCCUGUUCAACACCAAGUUCGAGGGGGAGCCAGCCACCCACACACAGCCGGGUGUCCAGCUCCGGUCCAAUACCUAUGACCUUCAAGAGAGCAACGUGGGGCUAAAGCUGACAAUUGUUAGCACGGUGGGCUUCGGGGACCAGAUCAACAAGGAGGACAGCUACAAGCCCAUUGUGGAAUUCAUCGAUGCCCAGUUUGAGGCCUACCUGCAGGAGGAGCUGAAGAUCCGCAGGGUACUGCACACCUACCAUGACUCUCGCAUCCACGCCUGCUUGUACUUCAUCGCCCCCACGGGUCAUUCCUUGAAGUCUCUGGACCUAGUGACAAUGAAGAAGCUGGACAGUAAGGUGAACAUCAUCCCCAUCAUUGCCAAAUCAGAUGCCAUUUCUAAGAGUGAACUAACCAAGUUCAAAAUCAAAAUCACCAGCGAGCUUGUCAGCAACGGAGUCCAGAUCUACCAAUUCCCUACAGAUGAUGAGUCAGUGGCAGAGAUCAAUGGAACCAUGAACGCCCACCUGCCAUUUGCUGUCAUUGGUAGCACAGAAGAACUGAAGAUAGGUAACAAGAUGAUGAAAGCUCGGCAGUACCCCUGGGGCACUGUGCAAGUUGAAAAUGAAGCCCACUGUGACUUUGUGAAGCUGCGGGAGAUGCUGAUCCGAGUCAACAUGGAGGAUCUCCGAGAGCAGACCCACAGCCGGCACUAUGAGCUGUACCGCCGCUGUAAGCUGGAGGAGAUGGGCUUCAAGGACACCGACCCUGACAGCAAACCCUUCAGUUUACAGGAGACAUAUGAGGCCAAAAGGAAUGAGUUCCUAGGGGAGCUCCAGAAAAAAGAAGAGGAGAUGAGACAGAUGUUUGUGCAGAGAGUCAAAGAGAAAGAAGCUGAACUUAAAGAGGCAGAGAAAGAGCUGCAUGAGAAGUUUGACCGUCUGAAGAAACUACACCAGGACGAGAAGAAGAAGCUGGAGGAUAAGAAGAAAUCCCUGGAUGACGAAGUAAACGCUUUCAAACAGAGGAAGACAGCGGCCGAGCUGCUCCAGUCCCAGGGCUCCCAGGCUGGAGGCUCACAGACUCUGAAAAGAGACAAAGAGAAGAAAAAUAAUCCAUGGCUGUGUACUGAAUAGUAUUCCCUGCUACAGCUGGACUGGACUCCACUUAGCCUUUUAAGCCAAGGUUCCUAUUGUAACUGACAGCUUUCCUUUGGGGUGCCAGGCAGCCGGGUCCCCGGCCCCUGCCAUGUUCUUCCACUUCAAGCCCCACCUCUUCUUUCUAUUUCUGCCUCACAGUCCCACUGGCAUUGACCAUGACCUUUUUUAUUUUUGAGAUUUUUAUUUUUUGGUCACUUGCUUUGAAAACACACAAUCGAACAAGGCUAUGCCAAAUUUUCAGGCCUUUUUGAAGUAUUGAGAAUGGGAAGGGGGUGUUCUCUUUUCAAUAAUAGAUAAUAACAGGAAGCAAAAAGUAGAAACGGAAAGCAAACGAAUGCACACACUUUAUCUUUUCUUGUUGGCAAAGCAAGAGGGCAGUUUUGAGAUGUAUUGUUUGGUGAGUCACUGAUUGGUGAGUGGCCAGAAGCAAGUAUGAAGGUGAUGCUGCCAAAGCAGAAGCUAGUUUCUUGAGAAAAUCCAAGUCACACAGUGGAGUAUUUUAGGAGACCCUAUGCUUGGAGAUUUAAAAGCCAAAAAAAAAGCUUGGAUCCUCAACUUGGCUCAGGGAGAUGCUAAGUUAAGGCUGUCAAGUUUCCAUGGGAAAGGAUUCUUAUUUGCAGCUUUGACCAGUUUCAGAGCUGCUUCCCAAGGAUCCCAAACUUAAACAACUAA